AUGCCACCUCCCGAAUGUUACGCGAGGAUCGCCUACGUGAUUACCCUGUUGACAGGGCGUGCCAGGGAGUGGGGCACUGCGGUUUGGGAUGCCGACGCCCCUUUCUGCCACUCCUUCGCCGAGGAGAUGAGGAAAGUCUUCGACCGCUCCAAACACGGUCGCAAAGCCGCGAGUGAGAUGCUCCUGAUCCGCCAGGGGCGCCGGUCGGUGUCUGAUUACACGAUUGACUUCCGCACCCUCACUGCCUCCAGUGGAUGGAACACGGAGCCUCACGCGGUGUCCGUCCUGAUUGACUCAGGGGCCAAUUGGAGCUUCAUCAACGCUGACCUGGCGGCCCGCCUGCAUCUUCCCCGCGUCCCGCUGCACUCGCCUCUGGAGGCCCAUGCCAUCACCGGGGCCCUGCUGGUCCGUAUAACCCAUGCCACUCCCCCCGUGGACUUCCUCAUCUCUGUCGCUCACGCACCAAAGGAGUUUCCAGACCUUUCGGCAGUGCCGCUGGAGUACCUGGACCUGAAGCCCGUGUUCACCGAGGCGGCAUUUUGCAACUUGAAAGGCCGCUUCACUUCUGCGCCCAUCCUGACACAGCCUGAUCCUGCCCAUCAGUUCAUCGUGGAAGUGGACGCUUCGGACAUAGGAGUGGGGGCCGUCCUGUCGCGGCCGUCCUGUCCGGCCUACUCUCACCGCCUCACGCCGCUGCAUUUGAUACAGAUAUCUAUUUACAUGUGUGUUUCUGCAGGGCUUUUGGAGACACUCAAGCUUCCUGUGCCUCAGCUGGUUCCUGCUGGAGACACACACCUGUACGAAGCCGGAAGCUCCUUCACCCUCACCUGCAGGGGUUCAGCUCCGCUUCAGUGGAUCCUGCCCUGGCGGAGUGCAGGGUCAGCAGGGGUGAGGGUGGAGGAGCAGGCCUGUGAGAGGGGGGAGUACAGUCACUGCAGCCUGCUGGAGGUGCACAACCUGACGCACCGCGACACAGGCCUCUACACCUGCAACUACACCCAUCAUGCACUGCAUGAGGAAAGCACCACCUACGUCUUCGUCAAAGAUGAGCAGCACCUCUUUGUAGAGUGGCGUGAGUCUGACCCGGACGUCCUGACUGUCUUUGAAAGUGAAGAAGAGCUGCUGAUCCCCUGCAGGACUACAUUUCCCAACAUCACCGUCACCCUGGAGGGGGUGGGGCUUCUCAUUCACACUGGGCUUGAAUGGGGAAUGAGCUGGCCCUCACCUGCUACUGAUGGUGGCCAAGAGCCGCGCCUGUCUGCAGAGGUCAGAGAGACGGCAGAAUGGGACCCGCGGCUGGGCUUCCGAAUCCGCUACCCUCCAGGAACAUACUACAGCCUGCUGCGCUGCGUGGCGACUGUCCGGAGCCGGGUCACCGAGGCCAGCUACAUCCCCCUGCGCUUCUCUACUCGGCUGGAGAAGGUCAGGAUCAACGCAGAGCGAGUAAAGCUGGUGGUGGGAGACACUCUGUCCCUCAACUGCUCCGCUGAAACCAGCUACAACGGCAGGAUCUCCUUCACGUGGGACUAUCCGAGGAAGGCCGUGAAUCGGCUGCGCGUGUUUAAGAAGCACAGAGACGCACUGGCCACCUCCUACCAGAUGAGCAGCGUUCUGAUUGUGCGCAACGUGAGCAUGGCGGACCGGGGCGUGUACACCUGCACCGCUGAGAACAAGCACCGGAAGCAGGCGACGGUCAAGGUCAUCGUCUACGAGCAUGCGUUCCUCAACCUGUCCUAUAAAGGAGGCAGAGUGGUGUCCGCUCUGGAGGGGACCAGCAGGGUGAAGUUUGGGCCCAGGGUGCACGCGGUCCCACCACCCAAUGUGCUCCUGUGGUACAAGGAUGGCCAGCCGAUCUGGAAAAACUCCACCUGCUUCGAGCCGUCAGGCUACAACCUGAUCGUGAAGCAUGUGAAGCAGAAGGAUGCGGGAGAGUUUACCGUCCUGCUGGGGCACAGAGGCAGACACCUGCUCAGCAACCUCAGCUACACACUGGUGGUGAAAGUGAAGCCCAGGAUCUCGGAGGAGGGCGUGGUGAAGGCAGAGCUGCAGCUGCAGCUGCUGGGGGGGGAGGAGCGGCUCAGCUGCACGGCGUUCGGCGUCCCCACACCUGCGCUCACCUGGGCCUGGCAGCCCUGCAACCCCGACCCCACCCUCAGCACGUGUGACCUGUACGGGAAUCCCAGACCCGUCCAGCUCUACUCAGAAGACCAUCCUCCCGAGCACAGCCUCCAUCCGUACAACAGAAUUAAAUCCACUUUCACCAAGACUGAGGUGCUCAAGGGCAAAAACAAAGUGAUCAGCACGCUGGUGGUGGCGGAGGCGCGAGCGUCGGGGGUGUAUUCCUGCUUCGCUGAGAAUGAGGUCGGCACUCACCGCUGGAACAGGCCCUUCUACGUUAGCGAUCUUCCAGAGGCUUUUCAGAUCCAGCCCCAGAGGGCAGUGGAGGGGGAUGACAUCACCCUAACCUGCCAGGCCACCCGGUACCUGCACUCUGCCCUCCGCUGGUCUGACCCGCAGAACCGGACCGUCCCAGAGAGAGACACAACCCUGCUUUCAGGCCCACACUCCCUCAGCCUCUCCCUCACCCUGAGAAAUGUCUCACGCCAAAAAGCCGAGGGCUACCGCUGCUCCGCCCUCAACACCUACACCGGCAGAGUGGUCAGCAGGACACCGGUACUCAACAUCGAAGAGAGGAUGGGGCCCUGGCUGCAGCAGAAUCUGACCAAUCAGGACGUGAGCAGCAGCAGCACCCUGACUCUGGCCUGCUACGCCCACGGAGCUCCGCCUCCCUACAUCCGGUGGUACAAGAACGGGAUACCUGUGCUGCCCGCGCCAGGGGUCACUCUGACAGAGGACGGGCUGCUGAUCAUUGAGAGAGUGCAGAAGGAGGACGGGGGUCUGUACGAGUGUCUGGCCAGCAACCAUGAGGGGGAGGUGAAGACCGCUGCCGUGGUCACUGUGCUGGGUGAGUCAGCCGAGCCGAACCUGGAGGUGACUGUCCUGGUGUGCACGGGCGUGGCCGCCAUCUUCCUCUGGUUGCUGCUGGUCCUGUUCAUCUGUAAACUGAAGAGGCCGGGCUCUGCAGACAUCAAAGCAGGCUACCUGUCCAUCGUCAUGGCGCCGGACGAGCUUGGGCCGGACGAGCAGGGAGCCCCCCUGCCGUAUGACGGCAGCAGAUGGGAGUUUCCCCGGGACCGGCUGCGGCUGGGUAAAACUCUGGGACAUGGAGCGUUUGGUAAAGUAGUGGAGGCAUCUGCAUUUGGGAUCAACAAGCUCUCAACCUGCAAGACAGUGGCAGUCAAAAUGCUGAAAGGAGGAGCCACUUCCAAUGAGUGCAGAGCUUUGAUGUCUGAGCUGAAGAUCCUGAUCCACAUCGGCCACCACCUGAACGUGGUGAACCUGCUGGGGGCGUGUACCAAGCCUGGCGGUCCUUUGAUGGUCAUAGUUGAGUACUGCAAGUAUGGAAAUUUGUCCAACUACUUACGGAGUAAGAGGGGUGACUUCAUCUUCAAUAAGAGCUUGGGAGGGAAGGCAGUGGCGUCGGGUUCGAGCGGCGAGCUCAGUGAUCUCAGUGAGCUGAUGAAACGCAGGUUGGAGAGUGUGGCCAGCACAGGCAGCUCCACCAGCUCUGGCUUCAUCGAGGAGAAGAGCGACUGCGACUCUGAGGAAGAGGAGGAAGAAGCUGAUGACCUUUACAGGAAAGUUCUGACAAUGGAGAACUUGAUCUGCUACAGUUUCCAGGUGGCCAAAGGCAUGGAGUUCCUGGCCUCUCGAAAAUGCAUUCAUCGUGAUUUGGCUGCCAGGAACAUCCUGUUGUCUGAAAACAAUGUUGUGAAGAUUUGUGACUUUGGUCUCGCGAGGGACAUUUACAAAGACCCAGACUACGUGCGCAAAGGAGACGCCAGACUGCCACUGAAGUGGAUGGCCCCUGAGGCCAUCUUCGAUAAGACGUACAGCACCCAGAGCGACGUGUGGUCCUUCGGAGUCCUCAUGUGGGAAAUCUUCUCUCUGGGUGCGUCACCCUACCCGGGUGUGCAGAUUGACGAGGAGUUCUGCUGCAGACUAAAGGAAGGCAUGAGGAUGCAGGCACCAGAGUACUCCACCUCCCAAAUAUAUCAGACCAUGAUGGAAUGCUGGGGGGCGGAGCCAGAGCAGAGACCCACCUUCACAGAGCUGGUGGAGAAGCUGGGCGACCUGCUUCAGGCCAGCGUGCAGCAGGAUGGGAAGCACUACAUCCCCAUCAGCACAGACCAGCUGACCAAUGAGGAGGUGACAUCCCAUAAUGCCUCACUGCAGGACGCACCGUGCGGACACGCCUCUCCCCAGGAUGCUGGGAGCACACGCAGGGUGAAAACGAUGGGCAAAGGGGCGGAGUCUGUGCAUACCCUGCCCCGCCCCGCUGUGGAUCCCAAAGCAGAGGAGGCCUUCCUGCACCCCGGGCUGCAGAACCACAGCCCCCCGCCCGACUACAGCAUCGUCAUGAGCUACUCCACCCCACCCAUCUGAGCAACUGCACCCUCCCUGACUGACUGACCUACUCCUGACUGAUACUCUAAUACUGACCUACUUCUGACUGAUACUCUGACAC